AACGCUCUCUACAAGCUUCUAAUUAAAACUACUUUGAACUAGUAAUAUUUGGUAUUCAAGUUACUAGAAAAUUUUUAUUUUUCUAUUUAUUGAUUCAUUUUAUCUUACUAGUCUACGUCACUUAAAAUCGUGUUGAGUCGGUCAGCUUUUAAAUAAAUGGAAUUUAAAUUACUGCGAUUUAUUCAUUUAUUCGUUAUCGUAUUAUAAAAAUUACCAAAAAUGGCUGCAGAUGUCAUAACACGUGUACCAGAAGAGAUUAUUGGAUAUAUUUUGGAAGAUGAGAGUAUUACAUUUUUAGAUAUUAUCAAAUUUUCUAUGACAUGCAAGCGUUUAUAUCUAACUGUCAAAAAUAAUCAAUUAUGGCGAGUGAAAUACUUCCAAAGAUGGCCCCGCUUGAAAAAGAAAUACGAAAAAUUUACUGCAGAUAUAAAAGUAUUAAACUGGUUAAAUGAAAUAAAAGUUAGCUUGGAAAUUAGACGUAGUUUAAUGUAUCACUUGUCUCUAAUGUCCAGUAAAUAUUACACAAAGGAAGAAGUGUCCAAUUCAGAAUUAAAAUAUUUAGAUCCAUUGUUUCGUCCGGAAUUAGGCGCGUAUCCAUUAAAUUAUUAUUUUCUUGUUGAUGAACUCAUCAGUCUCAUAAACUGUCAUUAUGCACAUAGUAACUUAACCCACAGAUAUUAUGCCGUUAUUGUUUUACGAUAUCUGAAACAAAAUUAUAUUACGAAAAAAUGGCAAAGAUUUAUUAAUCUUCCAGUAAAUGAACAAAYSUUAGAACGUUGUGCAACUUUUGUAGCACAAUGGARUCAACCAGAAARMUSUWUUUCUUAUUCCUAUAUUUCCUCAUUACUCGACGACAUAGCUAAUCAAACAAAAGAUUUAAUAUAUGAAAGGCAUCCUGAGCAUUCUAUAUUUUCAUUACCUCCGGAACAAUUUUUAAUUUGGAAACGUGAAAUAAUUGAUGACAAUUAUUGGAGUAUUCAAGAAACGAAAGAAAUUAUGAAUGCACUUUGCGAAGUUAUGUUUCACAAAUUAGGUUUCCAUGGCAAUAAUGAUAUGUAUUAUUACCCAAAUAAUUUAUUUAUUGAUAAGGUGUUGGAACUAAAAGAAGGAACUCCUAUAAUUCUUGCAAUUAUAUUUGAAAGCAUUGCAAGACGACUUGGAAUAAGAUGCGAGCCCGUUAAUUUUCCAUCGCAUUUCUUUUUACGAUGGAAAGAAAAAUAUAAUGUUUCAGAUCUAGAAAGUACAGAAAAUUUUUAUAUCGAUAUGUUGAAUGGUGGUCACUUUUUAAGAAAAGAAGAUUGCUCUGGAGUUGGUGGAAUUUCUCACCACAAUUUUAAAUGUCCAAUAGAAAAAUACAAUUCACAUAAUGUUGCAACUGCUGUAGAGGUUACAGCAAGAUUAGUAUGUAAUCUAAGUGUAGCGGCAAGACAAUAUAAUGAUUUGAAUGGUAGAGCAGCACGCAUACGUUCUGUUUUAGAAUUAAGCUACAUGGUACAGCCUCACGAUGAAUCUACUUUAUACAACUUGAGCCAAUUUUGUAAACGUCAUCAGAUGGAUUUAUCAGAUUUAGUGGAUAUAGACGUGGCAGAAAAUGCAAGUUUAAUGCAAAAAAAGUAUCAAACGCUCAAGAACUUUAACUCUAAACCUGAAGAAGAGAUAAAACCAAAAAUAAGAACUCCAGAAGUUAAAUAUGCCAUUGGUUUAAUAAUGACUAAUAAAUAUAGUAGUAAUAUUGGUGUAAUAAUAGGAUGGGAAAUGCCUUUUGAAGUUGGUGGUUGGGAAGAUUUUGAACAACCAUUUUAUAAUUUGCUUUUUGAUGACGGAAUAUCUCAAUACGUUCCUGAAGAAUUUUUAUCAUUGUCUACAAAACCAAAGUAUAUACAUCAUCGCGAGAUUGGACGUUACUUAUGUUAUUUUAAAGAAACACAUUAUGUGCCAAAUGAAGAGACUUGUAAAAAUUAUCCAGAAGACAAAAAAGCACUCGAACUUAUAGUAAGGACUUAUUAUAGUUAAAUUGUUUAAAAGUAAAUGAAUACGCUGUAUUAUUGGUGAUAAUACCGAUAACAUAAUUAUGUAUCUAAUUGUAAAUUUAAUUUAGUCCGAUGUUUAUUUCUCUCUUUGUAUUUGAUAUAUUCGGACCUCUAAAUGUAGAUAUUCAACAUCUACAUAUUUAUAAAUUAUAUAUAUUUUUCCUAAGCAUUGAACAUAACACUUUGAUAGUCUAUAGAAUAUCUAAUUACUAUUUAAACAACGUUGAAAAGAAUACAUUCUCGGGCACAGACACACACAACCAUACGCAACGCCUCCCCCCAAAACAACUCAUACAGAUAAAGAACAUUUCAUUCUAAACCUGUGUAUCUUUCGUUACGAUAGAGAACGAAAAAUACAAAUUUCCGUGGAAAUCUCUAUGAACAUCUGUAACAUAUAUACAAACACACAGAUAUACACAUAAAGGACAUAAAUAUAUAUCUGUAUAUAGCUGAAGAUUUACUCAAUUUUUGUAUAUUAUAAAAAAUAGCAUCAAUUUGCGUAAAAGUAUUAUUUUUAAAGUAAACAAUCUUCGAAUAAGUAAACUGUUUUCUCUUUGUAAAGCAUUACAUGCAUAAGUUAUAAAUAUAAGUUGUAUACUAAACUAAAAUUUUCUUGAAAUAAACAGUAAGUUAUAUAUUA